AUGAUUUGGCUUAUCAAUUUAUUUUCGGAAAGUAUUAAUUCUGAUGAUUCAUUAGAUUCCAGCGUGCGAACAACAGAUAGCAGUAUUAACCAGUUGGUCAAGUCAAAUUUUUGGUUGAAAAAUCUAGUUGAUCAACAUGAUUUGUUAAUUAAAACCAUGUGUAUGUAUCAUCAAAAUUUGGUAAAUCCGUCUGUAGUUCAACCAUCUGCUAUAUCACACCCAAAAGAAAGCUCAUCGACAAAUUUAAUCCAGCUAUCAAGUCCAAUUCGAUUAAAUGCAAAUGUUUUAUCAACAGAUUCAUUACAUUCUCCUAUUAAUUCAAGUAUUUCAGUGCCACUUGAUAUAAAUUCAAAAUUGUCAUCAACACCGAAAACAUUAAACAAUAAUGGAGACAUACGUCCUCCAUCGAUUUCUAUUACUAUUACUGGUACGAGUAUCACUCGCGAUCUUGAACAGGGUGAGUCUACAUUAGAUGGUAAAUUGUUUAAAGUUCAAGUUCGUACAAAACCAUCAUGCACAAUUGAACAGAUGACAGAACUUGUAAAAUGGAAACAUUUUGAUAAAUCGAAAGGUUUUAUCAUGAGUAUUGGCAUUGUCAACAUGAAAUAUGAUACUCCGGAUGUGGCUAUUGAGAAAACAGCAAACUUAAUUCGAGAAUUUAAACUCGCUUAUCCCAAUAUUAAAUUAGCAUUAACAACAUUGCCACAUACGUGUUAG